AUUUGGAAACAGGAAUAUGGAAUAAAAAAAAAAUUGCACUGUGUGUGUGGGAAGAUAGAUAGAUGACAUAUAUCUUGUAUUUAUCGACCGAUGCUAGACAGACUUUGGCGUCUGUCUAGCACUGCCCCAGAAGAAACAAAAACAUCGCCACUUGCGCCGUAAACAAAGACAAUUAUUAAUGAUAAAAAAGACUUUGGUGCACAUACAUACAGCGAUAAAGCUUUGCGAUCUCCUGUUCCCGCCAGGUCAGAUAUGGCUCUAUUUUCUGACGUUGACCUCGAUCGCCAUUCCAACUGCCCUGACGUAUGUGUAUGACCUCGCCCCGACAGCGCUGAUGUAUAACCC